AUGUCACUAUCAGUAUUAUCCAAUAUUCGAACUAGCUUAUGGAUGUUAAUGUUCAUGUCUCCUCAUUCCAUUAUAGGUCUAUGGUAUAAUCGACCGAUAUUCAGUAGUUGUGCAACAUGGAAUCCAAAUGCUAGUACUUUCACAAAUCAAAAUACACUUGGCUACUAUAUUAAUGGAAUAUUUGUUGACAAUAAUGAUACUGUGUAUGCCGAGAGCUGGUACAAUAGUGUUAUCAAAGUAUGGCCUAAUGCCAGUUCAAUUGCAACAAGAACUAUUACUGGUGUUAGUAAUCCAUGCAAUUUAGUUGUCUCGAUGAAUGGUGAUAUCUAUGUCGAUAAUAGCAACGGGGAUGGUCAAGUUGACAAAUGGACUUUGAAUUCGACGAGUGGCGUAGGUGUGAUGAACAUUAGUAAAUCAUGCAAUAGUCUCUUUAUUGAUAGCAAUAAUACAUUGUAUUGCUCCCAGAGUGAUCUCAAUAGGGUAAUAAAAUUUAAUCUGAAUGACAACUCAAGCACACCUGUGACAAUUGCUGGUAAUGGAUCGAUUGGAUCAGCAGCAAAUCUACUUAGUAGGCCAUGGGGAAUUUUUGUUGAUACCGACUUCACUUUGUACGUGGCUGAUUGUAAUAACAACCGAAUUCAACGUUUCAAAUCUGGUGAAAUGAAUGGCACGACAGUAGCUGGAAGUACAGCACCAGGAACUAUUUCACUUUUAUAUCCGGCAAGUGUUGCAGUGACUGGAGAUGGUUAUUUAUUUAUUAUGGAUAGUGGCAAUUAUCGUAUUAUCAGAUCAAGUGCUGUUGGAUUUCAAUGUGUUGCCGGCUGUUCAAUGUUAAGCGGAUCAACAGCAGAUAAGCUGAACAAUGCCCGACAAAUAGCAUUCGACAGUUCUGGUAAUAUAUUUGUCACCGAUGAUGAUAAUCAUAGAGUUCAAAAGUUUAUUCUUAAAUCCAACUCUUGUGGUAAGUUUCAACAUAUCUGCGUCUUUUUUAAAUUAACUUGA